AUGGUGGAGAGCAAUGAUGACCCGGAUAGUUGCAGUGUAUACGACGACACCGUUGAAAAAAAUAUAAACUUUUCGGAGAGCAUACUUGCUAAUCUGAAUGAUAAUAUUUUCGAACAAAACGAUGCCUUUACUAAUGCUAAUGAGAAACUAAGCGAAAACUUUUUCAUGCUGGAGGAAGAAAUCGCGAAUGGAAAGCAGUUAGAUGUUCACCCUGGGGAGGGGAGAACUAGUAGUGCUUCUUCUUCCUCGUCUGUUCAUGUGCGGGAUGGAAGAGUCUCCCUGCUGUUUGAGGAUGAGUCCGCUGGGGGAGGUGGGCCUUCAGGACAAAGGACAGAAGCAAUGUCACGUGGUGGAUGGAAAACCCCGUACAAAGAGCGUUCCGAAUCCACAAACUGGGGAACGUUUACCAAGCACGAGGUCGCAGAGGAAGAAGGAGUAAUAACCGCCCAGGGGGAACAGUCAAGGAGAAAUAACACAACAACGGAGGGAAACGAAAAAGAAAGGUUUGUCUUCCCAAUUAAGAUGAACAAAAAAAGUUGGAGCAAAGAAAAGGCAUCAGAAAAGGCAGCAGAAAAGGCAGCAGGAAAGGCAGCAGAAAAGGCAGCAGAAAAGGCAUAUGAUGAAUACAACCAUAACGUUAUAUACCACGAAUUGUACGUCGAGCUGUUACAGGUAAAUAAAAGUCUACAAAAUGAAAUUAAAAACCUGAAGAAGAUAAUCGAGAUGCAGAAACUUUUAAUAAAAAGCAGAGAAGACUUAUUUGGUAGUAGUCAUAUGAAUGAGAAAAACAAAAUCAGUAAGAUGGAGGAGGACGAGAAGGGUGGUGGGUACUGGGCUAAAGGGGGGAAAGGACCCAGCCGUAGGGAGAACUACUAUCAGGCGCAUAAGAAUGGGGAUAAAAAUAGGCGCCCCAAAUGGGAGCGCAUGGACAACAACGAUGAAGACGACGUUAGCUACUCAGAGGUGGAGAUGAACACGAUCGAUAAUAACGAGGACACGCAUGAUCAUAAAAACGAGUACGUGAAGCUGCCGCUGAGUGAGAACGAGGGCUCGGUCCCGUCGGACAACGCCAGCGGUGGCGGCAGUUGCGGUGGAGGCAGUUUCGGCGGCAACCACAGUGACAGUCAACGAGGCAGUCAACGAGGCAGUCAUCGCGACAGUCAGCGCGACGCCCACCAUGACAACAAUAGGCAUACCCCAGCGCGCGCUAGCAACCAGGGGAGCUACUUCUCAAAGAGGGGCAACUACGAAGGUUUGCGCGGGAAAAGCCACAGCGGAGGGCAAAAGAGCUACGAGCGCGGAUACCAAGGAGGAAAGAAAAUGGACAGAGAAAAAGAGCAAAACGAAAUCCCCGUCAAUUUCCAAGAAAUAACGGCAGUGACUCUAUGGUACGAAGAAAUCCUACCCCUGAUUAACAACGAAAAAAAAAAACUCUAAAUGCCUAUUGUUAUCAAAACGUAUUUUUGGGAAGUUAAUAUCAUUAACAAACUAAAUAUAACUGAUUAUUUUGUUCAAAUUUUGAUCAAAAAUACCAACUUUAUCCAGUCUUAUGUCUACACGAACAACAAGCAGUAUCAUAACCACGUGAGUAGAUACUUUAAAUCGUUAAUUACGUUUCGAAAUAGCAACCUUGGGGGGAUUCAGUCGGAUGGGCCUGCUAUGGGUGACGAUGCGGGGGGGGAGAAAGGGAGUAGCGGGAUGACCGAGAAAGGGAGCAGCGGGAUGACCGAGAAGGGGAGCAGCGGGAUGACCGAGAAGGGGAGCAGCGGGAUGACCGAGAAAGGGAGCAGCGGGGUAACCGAGAAAGGGAGCAGCGGGAUGAUCGAGAAAGGGAGCAGCGGGAUGACCGAGAAAGGGGAAAACCCCGCACAGGGGGAGAAGCCGAAGGAGGAAGAAGCGGCGCAGCGGAAGGAUGAGGAUAACUGUAGUGCGGGGCUGAACCUGUUCCAGCGAUUCUCAUUCCAGAAAUUUUUCUACCAAAUUUUGAUAGAUUUGGACAGGACGUUAUACAUAAUAAAGAAGAAUCAGGAAUACUUCAGAAAGCACAGCGUAAGUACGGACACGUUUCUGUUGACACUGGACCUGGCGGAGACGAAGGCGAAGCUGAACACGCUGCUGCAGAUGUACGUUGUGUUUAAGCCGGAGUUGGGGUACGUGCAGGGGAUGUCCUACAUCGCCCUGGUGUUCCUCCUGUACUGCAACUUGGAGAAGGCCUUCGUGCACUUUGCUAACUUUAUGGAGCGAAAGGACAUUUACAACCUGUACAGCUUCAACAACAACGAAAUAAAAGUCUACACCUACAUCAUCAAGGAAAUAUUAACCAAGCAAAACGUGGAAAUCUACAAGGAGAUCUCCAAGCAAUAUAACAUUGAUAAUAUAUUCAUUCAAUGGAUCUACACCAUUUUUUUGACGUGUCUUCCCUUUCACAUUUUCAUUCGCCUAUUCGACAUAUACCUUUUUAAUGAAAAAAUAAUUUAUGAGACCAUCCUGUGUAUCUUCACCUACUUCAACAAAUUUCACCACGUGGAAAAUGUGGAUGUCGUCGUAAAGAAUUUGUCAGCUUUUUCUUUCAACACGCAUAUCCAGGAGGACAAAUUCUGGUCCCUGUUGAAGAAGUCCAAAAUUAAAAAAAGGAAAAUUCUUUACUACCGGGAGAAGUACUUCAAAGGGCACAGUAAGGCUCUGCAUUGA